AUGCAAAUGGCUCCUUUCAUGGUCGACAACAUCAAGGGCUGGACCCGUGCCACAUGCGUGGCCUUCAUCAUUCUUGCGCUGACUGAAAUCGACAUCAGUGACCCUGGGCAACUUGCAAAGCUGCAGCCGCUUCACAAGGUCAUCGACAGGGCUUGGCUGCUGCCCAUGCACAUUGAAAUGGGCAUGUCGAAAGACGUACAGUCCUACCGCAACUUGAGCCUCAGUUUUCGCGGUUCGGAGCGCCAAGCUCCAAAUCUGCUCCAACUGGUGCUCCGCUUCUCGAAAAUCAUGGAGCGGAAUGCUAGUGUCGGGAGUGGCAACACCGAGAACCGGCUGAAGAAGGUCAUCCAAGAGUUCAAUGCCAGUCCUGGUUUACACCCGAAGCACCAGGUUGAAGGAGAGAAGGAAAAAGCCAUCCUCAACCUCAUCAUUGGAAGCUGCAAGGAGGCGAGGGCUUUGAUGAGCCAACACCUUUCCUUCACCAAAUGGAAGGACUCCUGCUUUUCCACCGAGCAGUUGAGAACACAACGGUGGCUGCUGGGUGCACGCCCAAAACAAUGCGCAGAUGGCUUGGCAGAGGUUCUCACCGUGACCCCAAGGGCACAACAGAUGCUCAUGCAGCUGCACAUCAAAGCUUUUGGUGAAGCGUGCAGGAAGGUGAGGCUGUCUGCCCGAGCCCGUGUUCGACCAACCAGUGAUGAGUUUGAGAAGCUUGUCGACUUUUCCUGCGUUUUUGCCGCCCUGCGGAAUGCUGCGAAGUCGGCCUCAUCUGACAAGAGCGUGGAUGGGAAGUUGAUGGAUGCAUUUUUGUCCAAGGACUACUUUCAAGAUGUGGAGGCUGCUGUGACCUCCAAAAACUCAGCCUUUCGAUUGUCUUCGCUGGCAAUUUGGACUGACAUCGUCACACCUCCAUCCUUGCCAGCUUGUCUCCAAGGGGAGGAGUCAACUGAUGUGCUCAUUGCCCAGGAGAACGCCGCUGACAGCAAGUUCAAGGAGGUCAAAGUGAAACUGGCUUCGGACUGCCAGGCAAUGACCCACUACCUCAUGGAGAAAUCCAAGAUCGAGAGCAGAACUCACGUGCUGAAAGUGCUUCAUGAGAAGAAGCAAAACGAGAUUGGAAAAACGUGCCUCGACUCGAUUGUGGUCAAUUAA